GAGAGAGAGAAAGGGGGAGAGAGAGAGAGAGAGAGAGAGAUGGGAGCACGUUUCUACCCUCCGUCGCUUUAGUCUGUCGUGGUGUGUCUCGUCGGCCGGCUCGUGCGAUACCACGCGCGAACGCUCUCUUUUUCUCUCCCCCUCUCUCGCUCUCUCUCUCUCUCUCUUUCUCUCUCUUUCUCUCUCCCUCUCGCUCGCACGCUCGCUUCCCAUUUCGUUUUUCGUCGUCGAACCAACGAGAAUUUUUUUCCCCGGUCCGAUCGCGAGAGGAAUACAUCGAUAAUAUAUUCGAUUAAGGCUGUCAUAUUAUUAAGUACGCUUCGAUCUGCUUUAUUCUCUUUUGCUUUUUUUAUAUAUAAAUAUAUACGAAUAAAUAAAUAAAUAAAUAAAUAAAUAAAUAAAAUAUAUAUAUAUAUAUAUGGUAUAUUAUAUACAUACAGAGUUAAAAAGAGGAGGGAGGAAUUGAUAAAAAAGAGAAACAGAAAAAAGGGAGAAGUAAAAGAAAAAGAAGAAGAAAAAGGAAAAGAAGAAGAAGAAAGAGAAGAGGAAGAAGAAGAAGAAGAAGAAGGGAGGAGAGGAAGUGGAGAGUGCGUAGGUAGUUUAGGUGUAGUCCGUAGUAAUUAGUAGUAGUAGUUUGUAGUAAUCGGGGAGUACGCGGGCGGGAGGGUGGUUGGGCGCGCGCGCGCGCGCGCAACCCCCGAAAGAAAGGAAAAGUUCGCGCGCCAACGCAUACGUCGUCGUCAACGUUUUCCUCGUGUUCGUCUUCGUUACGGACCUGUCGUCGUCAUCGUCGCCGUCGUCUUCGUCGUCGUCGUCGUCGUCGUCGUCGUUGUCGUCGUCGUUGUUGUUGUUGUUAUCGUUUUAUUGCUACUGUUUGAAAAAGAAGAAAGAAAAAAGAAGAAAGAAAGAAUACAAAGAAAUAAUAUAAGUUACAAGAAGUAGAAGAAUACGCGAACGGCGGUGGUGGUUGAAAGCGAUCAAACGAGGGUGGUUAAACGCGCGCGUACUAUCAUCUUGUGCACGAGGAAGUGGUGGAGGGGAUAGUGGAUGUGUUGGUGAAGGAGAAGGAGAAAAGAGAAAGAAGAAGAAGAAGAAGAAGAAGAAGAAGAAGAAAAAGAAGAAGAAACGGAAGAGAAGUCAGGGAAGAAAAUUUCGUCGGACGAUAAAAGAUCUUACGAAGAAACGAAGAAGGAAAGUGGGAAAGGAGGAAAUAGUUUAAGAGCUAGAAGGAAGAAGUGAAGGUAUUGGGGAAAAGGUGGUCAAAAAAGGACGUGGAAAGGAAGGAGUAAAAGAAGGAGAAAGAAGAAGAAGCAAAGGAGGAGGACGAGGAGGAGGAAAAAGAGAAACGGAGAAGGGGAAUGCUUGGCAAGAAAAAUAGUCUAGCCGAUGGACGAGUUCCGCAGUAGUCGUCGUCGUCGUCGUGGCUGCACGCUACCGUCUCGUUACGGAGGGACGUUGAGAAAAUGGAGAGAGAGGCGUGAGCGGUGUUAACGUUAAGAGGGAGAGAGAGAGGGAGAGAGAGGGAGAGAGAGAAAGAGAAAGAGAGAGAGAGAAAGAGAGAGAGAAAGAGAGAAAGAGAGAAAGAGAAAAAGAGAAACAGAGAGAGACAAAAAAGAUGAACGUAAACGGUAACGUCGGUUCUCAGGAGGGUGGCAAUGGUAACGAUUAUGGUGUUAGUAACGAAGAAACAGCUGCCCUUCUAAGUAGGGCACCACCCCCGCCGGUGGUGGUUGCCGCGGCGUCUCAGGGCAAGCCGGUGCUAACGCGACAGAAUAGAGCAACUUUUUUGGUUGCUUCGCCGCAACUGUCAGUGUCUGGACUCGGCGGCUCCGAGGAGAGCGGCACCACCGAAGAUCCGGCAACAAGAUCUGUACCCGACAUCGAAUUACAUUGUCGUUUGGAUGGUGAAUUUCAACAACAAUCUCAGCAACAGCUCCAACAACAACAACAACAACAGCAGCAGCAACAGCAGCAACAGCAACAGCAACAGCAGUUGCAACAAUCGAUCGUACCACCUACGAUCUAUCGAUCCAGACAAGUGUCUCAUCAAUAUAAUCGCUGUCGAUGCGAUCGAAGGGACUCUCUCGCACCCUCCUCUGCUCUACAUUUGGCACGCAGUGUUUCGAGAGAGAGCGUAAAGAGCGGACAUCAUUGCUGUCCUUGUCAAGCUCCACCACCACCGGUUCUUGUAACAACGUCGCCAAGUGCACGGAUAAUUCGACAAAGUUCUCAACCAGAGGCGUCGGCCUGCUGUUGUUCCGGAUGUUGUUGCAACUUACAUGCUGGAAUCGCACCGAGUGCUGCCUCUCUGCGGCAGUUACGCGAGCCCGGCGACGGAAUCGCUGGGAUAGCUGCGGAUUCAUUGAGAAUCAACGGUGGGAUACGACAAUUCCGACAGUUUCCCUGGUGGUGCAAAUCGUCAUCGUCAUCAAUGGCGACGACGCCUCCCCCGCCAUCGGCUAUGAUGCCCGCUUCCGCUUCCGGUUCCGGCUCCGGUACUCAGGGCGUCGUACUCUGUCCACGUACGCUGUCUCAGGUUCGACGAUCACGACUACGCAGAGCCCUCACCGAGGCUACCGCAGAGACCGUCGGCUACGUCAAGACGUUGCGGAAGCCAGUGUCGACACUUUCGAUUCCGGGUGCGAUGAAGAACAGCGGUGGAAGUGGUGGUGGUGGUGGUGGUGGUGGUGUUGGAGGUGUCGGAAGUGGAGUAGGUAGCAGUGGUGGUGGAGGAGGAGGGGGUAUAGGAGGUGCAGGUUGCGGAAGUGCCGGAGCUGCAAAUGCGGGCGAAGAUGCUGGAAUCGCACUCGUUGGUGUUCACAGCGAAUAUCCACGUUACGUCGACGAAAGGAUGUUAGGAGGGGGUGGCCCUAUGAAGGGACCCUCAGGUAGUAUCGGACCUGGCUCCAAACAUAAACCUAACGUUGGUUAUCGUCUCGGAAGACGGAAGGCACUCUUCGAAAAACGCAAACGCAUAAGCGAUUAUGCACUCGUUAUGGGAAUGUUCGGCAUCAUUGUCAUGGUCAUCGAAAACGAACUCUCCAGCGCCGGCGUUUACGGAAAGGCCUCGUUUUACUCGACAGCACUGAAAACCUUGAUCUCCGUGUCUACUGUGAUACUGCUUGGCCUCAUAUUUGCUUACCAUGCCUUAGAAGUUCAGUUGUUCAUGAUCGAUAACUGCGCGGACGAUUGGAGGAUCGCUAUGACCUGGCAGCGGAUCUCCCAGAUUUCGGUUGAGUUGCUGAUCUGUGCGAUCCAUCCGAUACCCGGGGAGUAUUAUUUCCUAUGGACGACCAAGUUGGCGAACAAGGGCGGCGACAUUGGCUCCAAGUGGGUGCCGUACGACGUCACCCUCUCGCUACCGAUGUUCCUUAGACUCUACCUCAUCUGCCGGGUGAUGUUGCUGCAUUCGAAGCUCUUCACCGAUGCAUCCUCGCGCAGCAUAGGAGCCUUGAAUCGCAUUAACUUCAACACACGUUUCGUCUUGAAAACCUUGAUGACCAUUUGUCCGGGUACCGUGUUAUUGGUCUUCAUGGUCUCCUUAUGGAUCAUUGCCUCGUGGACGUUGCGACAGUGCGAAAGAUUCCACGACGAGGAACAUGCGAAUCUUCUCAACGCCAUGUGGUUGAUUGCCAUCACGUUUCUCAGCGUAGGUUUCGGUGACAUCGUACCGAACACGUAUUGCGGUCGAGGGAUAGCAGUUUCCACCGGAAUGAUGGGUGCAGGUUGUACGGCUUUGCUCGUCGCUGUUGUUUCCAGGAAACUGGAACUUACAAGGGCGGAGAAGCACGUUCACAACUUCAUGAUGGACACGCAGCUAACGAAAAGGUUGAAGAACGCCGCAGCAAACGUGUUACGAGAAACGUGGUUGAUCUACAAGCACACACGCCUAGUGAAACGCGUCAAUCCUGGCCGUGUUCGAACGCAUCAACGAAAGUUUCUACUGGCAAUAUACGCACUGAGAAAAGUGAAAAUGGAUCAACGAAAGUUAAUGGACAACGCCAACACGAUAACGGACAUGGCCAAGACGCAGAACACGGUCUACGAGAUAGUCUCGGAUAUGAGCACGCGACAGGACGGGCUAGAGGAGCGACUUGUGAGCCUGGAGGAUCGGCUGGUCGGGCUGGAGGAGAAACUGAGCACGUUGCAGAGCCAAUUGGAGAUGCUGCCGGAGGAGCUGACGCGGUGCCUAGCGCAACAUGCCGAGCGUAUGGAGCAGAGACGCAACUUCCUGCACCCGGACACGGCGGUGGCGAUGGCGUCUUCCGGCGGUGCCGGUGGUGGCGUCUCCGCCGGUAACAGCCUCGGCUUGGGUAUGUCCCAUGGCGUUUUGGCUGGCGGCAACGCCUCCGGUCAUCAUCCCUUGGCGAAUUUAGCGAACUCGCCGUCCCUCCUGCCACAUUCGAGGAGCGUACCCAGCGGACCGAGUGCACCAAGUACCAUGUCUCUUCAUCCUUGGCCGGUGAGUCCGGUUCUACCACCUGUGUCUAGUCGUACGCCUCAUCUCGUCCCGGAGACUGGUCGACAUCACGGCCACUCUACCGUCGUCGCUACGAUCCCGAGCAGCACGCUGACGGCGGCACCAACAGCGACGGCGGCGGUGACGACGACGACGACGACGACGAUGAUGACCACAACCUCGCAAUCGACCACCAGGCUGACCUCUCAAGCCGGCAUGGGUGGACUCGGCAACAGCCAAGGCUCGGACACAUCCGCGCACAGCUGAGUUUCGUCUCUGCAGCCGCAGCAUUCUUACUAAACGGAGAUCCUUCGAGAAUACCUCCCUCUCUCGUUUUCUCUCGCUCUCUCUUUCUAUUUCCCUCGUCCUAUCUUUGACUCUCUUAAGUCCUCAUUUCCUUGUACCAAGCGACGAUCUCAUCGUCUUAUUCUUUGAGAGAAAAAAAUCUCGACGAAACCAUCCUCCUUCACGACGGGUCCAAUCCUUUUACCGAUUGACGUUGCCUAUUCGCCUAAAUAAUGCAAAGGACGGAAGUGUUUCUAUCGAUUAAUCGAUUCCGAUCGAUCGAUCGACCUUGCGAGAGACGAGGGGACAUGGUUAUCGUCUAAGCGCGAACCGAUAAAGAGAUGGGAGGAAACUCGAAGCCGGUUUCUUCCAAUCCGUUGCUGCUGCUGCUGCUGCUGUUGCUGCUGUGUGCUGUGCUACUCUGCCCAACUUGCGUGCCUGAAAACUUUUUUUUCUUAUCGAUAUAAAUAUAUAUUCGACACAACACGGAAAUGCUCCAUCUUCUUAUAUAUAUCUCUCUAAUACCUCGAGUCGAGUACGCGCGGACGGGCACGAUACUGCGUGUGUUAUUAACUCGAAUGAAUGAUUGUGCAAGUGUUGCGUUGAGGAAUACGUUUCCUUUCGAGUUCGACUCGCGCUGGCUCGAGAAACUUACAAAUUUGUACGCAUUCGUAUUACCUUUCUAUCCUCUAAAGUAUUUGAAAUAUAAUAUUUUUCUUGAAAAUUUUAUAGUCCUUUAAACGACGAUAAUUAAGCCUACGUUCAAUGAAAUAUAAUAUAUACCGGCUGAUGCGCAAAUUAUUAAAUAAAAAGGAAAAAAAGAAAAAACAAGAAAAAAAUGGAAAAAAAAUAGAGACAGUUUAACGCAUAAUAAGAAUAUAAAAGUAACCGAUUCUUUUUUUUCCAACUUAUUACUAUAAAAAAAAAAUAGAUCGAUAUAUAACUAUUCAUAUAUUUACUGACAUAAUUAAACAACGUUUUAGGAGUCGCGUAGUAACUGCAUAGUAAGAGAGAAGACGGUGAAUAUAUAUGCAUUUAGCGCAUUAACUGGCCAAUACGAAUGUGUGAAAUUGACGUGAUCGAUAUUGGAAUCGUUCGUGAAAAGGUUGGAAAAAGAGGGCAUUUUGGCAGGCCUCCGUUCGUUCCUUCGAAGUUUAAAAAAAAAAAAAGAGAGAGGAAAGAGAGGAUUUUCAUAUUCGAUUCGAAAGGAGAACGUGUCACCUUUCGUGCGAACGAUUCGACGAGCCAUUUCGAGUUACUCGAAGGGAUUCCUGAGAUCGGAGACGAAUCAAAAUACUGUAAGAGAAAAUAUUUCUACUUCUAGUUCGAUACUCGAUAAAUUUAUUUCGUUUGAAGAAAAAAUUUAAAUUCAUUUUUAUGCGUUUGAGAUUGGUUACGAUAUAUAUAUAUAUAUAUUUAUCGAUGAACUAUUUUUCUUUUUCUUUCUCUUUUAUCUCUCUCUUUCUCUCUUUCUCUAAGUGUAUUUCGUUUAAAUGAAAAGUAUAGUAAACAAAUUUCAUUGAUCGAUGACAGUAUUUUUACACGGCUCCGAAGUGCUCUGGAAAACAAAGAGAAUAAACGCAAAGUGAUCUUAUUCGCUUUUACGUCCGUAGGAUUACGAAGCAUAUUAAUAUUGUUAGCGUAUACAUACAUUAUAUGUACAUGGCGCACGGGUAAAAAAAGAUAGAAAAAUGGUUUUAAAAAAGAAGGGAAGAAAAAAAAGAGAAAAGAUAAGAAAAGAGAAGAAAAGACAGAGUAACGUAACAAGAAAAAAAAAAGAAAUGGCCACGUUUCUAGUCGAGGAGAAAAGAAGAAAUUUUUUACAAGAGGGGGGGGG